UCUACUAUCUCAUUUGCACACCUACUGCAGCAUCCCCUCUUCGUUCGAAUUCCUCUCACCCUCCCGCCUUUUUCCUCCUCCUCCUCUCCCUGCCAGAGACUGUUCAACUCUUAUCGCUCACUUCUCCCACCGAGCUCUCUUCACAUUCCCGCGAUUCACGCCCGAGAGAACAUCUCUCGCGUGAACUCUGCAUCUCCAUUUCCCUUUUCCAUCCUCCCUUCACCCACCGUCUUCUUGGCGCUCUCGCCACAUUUUUUGCAAGCUCGUAUCUGAUCCCAGCUUGCGCGGUCGCGAGACUGUCCAUCUGCUGGAUAUCCAUCCAGCCCUUCAUCGAUUUCAUCCCCCAACUAGACUGCGUCAGCCGUCGACCUUUCUCUCUUGACCGAUUACAGAGUCAGAAGAUGAUCCACGUCGUUUGAGACGCCACAGUGACCCGAGUCCCGGAAGCCUUGUCUGCUCGCGCCUUGUUGCCACGCCUCGUUGGUUGACUCGCUCAACUCCGCUUCUCAACCCCCCCAAAGCUCACCCACCACAAGUCACUCUCCUGUCUUCUCAUCCAUCAUGGCUACCGAUACAAACAUCAACAUCACCACUGCAUCUCUGCGUGGAAGUCCAUCAGAUCGCAUCAUCAAACCGCGCCCCCGGAAGGACUCGUUGCAGUCGAUUUCCGGCUCUGAUACCCACCCUGGGCGCGUGGUGAAGCCUCGUGCGCGCAAAUCGCCUGGUUCUGGAGCUAAGAGGUCGGAACCCGCGAAGCGCAAAUUCAUCUGUUCAUUCUCUCACUACGGCUGCGACGUCGCUUUGAGUUCCAAGAACGAGUGGAAACGUCAUGUAUCGAUUCAGCACCUGCAGCUGGGAUUUUAUCGCUGCGAUGUUGGCUCGUGCAACCCAGACUUGAACACCAAUGUUCCCAAUCACAAGCGGGUCUACAAUGACUUCAACCGGAAGGAUCUCUUCACCCAGCAUCAUCGACGCAUGCACAAGCCCGAGACUGGUCCAGGCUCAGGUCCCAUCGCACCUGGCAACGCCGGCGAUAAGGAUUGGAGAGCCUUCGAAGACAGCCUUGAAGAGGUCCGCAGCCGCUGCUGGAUGGAGAAGAGAAAGCCUCCUCAGCGCAGCACCUGUGGCUUCUGUGGCAGGGUCUUUGAAGGUGAAGGCAGUUGGAAUGAGCGCAUGGAGCACGUUGGAGGCCAUUUCUCCCGCGACAUCGUCGAAGCCAAGGAGGAGAGGGAGGAUGAAGACUUGACCAAUUGGGCCCUUCAAGAGGGGAUCAUCAAAGACGCCGGGAACGGCCGUCAUGUUCUGGUUGAUCAACCCCCUACCAUCAGCGAAAGACCUUACUCAUCCCGCGAUCGGGACGUCGCCAUGACCGACGCUCCUAGCUCUGACGGUGUGUCCCGCGACCCUGAACAUUCUCCUUCGCUGAGUGCCUCGUCUCGAAGACCAGAAUCAGAAAGCAACUAUCCCAAGCUCGAUAGCCCUCGCGAAGCACGCCGACUCAGCAAUACCAUGAGCCCCAAUGGCACCCCACGCGCGCCGUCAGUGCCAUUGCUCCAGCCUGCACCUGGAAGUUCAGUUGCCGGACAGUCAAUCGCCCCUGCCCUCGCGGCCGCCGCCCUUGGAUCAGCUACCGUCCCUGAUUCGCCCGAGAACAAGCUCCAACCUCCUCCAACACCUCCCGAACGGCGAGGCUACAAUCUCGCACCGCCUCCGUUACAAGGAGGGAAACCGGCUCCCGGCACUGCGGCCCAAGGUGACUCCGGGAGCGGGGAUCGACUAGAAGAUCUCAUAAAUCAGUUGAUCAGACCCAAACCUCCCAAGACACAUCGCCGUCUGACAUGGAAAUGUGAUUGUAAUCUGGAAAUGUCGGUGGAUAUUGACGAUGCAGACCGACAAGCCAUUGAAAGCCUUCAAGACAUUAGCAUCAUCUGCAGCAAAACAUCGAACCCGUAUCUCAAGGUCGCUAAAACCGGAAAGUAUCAUGUGGUUGCGUGUGACGAGCUUGCUGGCUACAUUUGGAAAAACUCGAAACAACCAGUCGAGCAACACAAUCGUCCCAGCGAAGUUCCCGUCAGCUAGUGGACUAUCCGCGCAAGAAGACUUCGUUUCCGGAAUGGGUGGAAUGUUAUGAUGAUAGAGAAACAUGAGAAGCGAGAUAUGUCUUGUCAAGAUUCCACCAGCCCUAGGCCAUUCGUGGCACAGGUCCCCUUCACAUUUUCAGCAUCGAUACCUCAUUCUUCAUCAGCAUCAACAAACACCAAGCUCAAUGGGAAUGCUGACAAGUUGCACACGGUUAUCGGUUUAUUGAUUGGCAACUAGUCACGGAAGCGAAAAUGGACGAAGAGAGAAUUGCCUCAGGGCUUGCCUACCCACAUACUACAUACAGGUUUUACGUUUAUGGCACGAACUGGAGGGACAGUAUGAGCUUCUUUCUUCUGUGUACCCGAGCAAAAUGAAUCUUAUUGAGAGUCCUGGUGUCGCAGAUCACUCCCACUCGAUUUCACAUGUCUCAGGAGGUCCUCUGAGCGUGCUUGCUAUCUUGCCCCCAAGCCACGAAUGGAAUUUGAGUUGCUUGAGACUUGGUAGAACCUCCUGUUGUCUGUGACCAUAGCUUGAAUGGCAUUGUUUUUCUUUCUUG